AUGGAUUACAGCUCCCUCAGCGGGGUCCCGCGCUUCCUGACCCGGCCCAAGGCGUUUAUGGUGUCUGUAGGGAAGGAUGCCACCCUGAGCUGCCAGAUCGUUGGAAACCCCAUCCCAGUGGUGAGCUGGGAAAAGGAUAAACUUCCAGUGCAGUCUGGGGGAAGGUUUAAAACCACAGAGGAUGGGGAUUUGUAUCGGCUAACCAUCUACGACCUGAGCCUGGAGGACAGCGGCCAGUACAUCUGCAGGGCCAAGAACACCAUCGGGGAGGCUUUUGCUGCUGUCAGCAUCAAAGUGGGACAGGAGACCACAGUCACAGAGUCAGCUCCUUACUUCAUCCAGAAACCUUCCAACAUCAAAGUAACCUUGGGAGAAGAUGCCAUGUUCAAAUGCAAAGUCCAGGGCAGCCCUCCCCUCUCGGUGAACUGGGAGAAGGAUGGGAGGUACCUGAGGAACAAGGCGGAUGCUGGACGCUUCCAGAUCGAGUCUGCCGGGGAAUCCAACGCUCUCACCAUCCAGUGUGCCCAGCUGGGGGACAGUGGCACCUACACCUGCCGGGCAGAGAACCUCAUCGGCUCCGCCAGCGCCUCGGCCGCGCUGGUGGUGGAAACACACGGCUCCUCCAACCCGGGCAGCAGCGCCAACUUGGACAGCAGCUGCGGCAAGACCGCCUCCCUGCUGUCCCACCUGCAGAAGAGGCGGGAGGAGAUCAGGAAGACGGACAUCUCCCACGGAACUCUGGACUCAACCUCUGCCCAGGCUUACUCCGCCGUCGAGGGGCUGUCCAGCAUCGGCUACAGCCUGUGCAGGGAUUACGAGCGGGCAGCGGGGCUGACCAAAGGGCCCCGCAACGCCACGUUCGGGGCUCUGACGCGCACCUGCAGCGUGACGGAGGGCAAGCACGCCAAGCUGAGCUGCUAUGUCACCGGAGAGCCCAAGCCCGUGAUCGUGUGGAAGAAGGACAACGAGGUCAUUGUGGAGGGCCGGCGGCACGUCAUCUACGAGGAUGACCAGGAGAACUUCGUGCUGAAGAUCCUGUUCUGCAAGCAGACGGACAAUGGGCUGUACACCUGCACGGCUUCCAACCUGGCGGGGCAGACCUACAGCUCUGUGCUGGUCACUGUCAAAGAACCCACCAUACCCUUCAAGGCAAAGCUGAAGGACCUCGAAGUGAGGGAGAAGGAAUCUGCCACCUUCCAGUGUGAGGUGCCCGUUCCUGGGACAGAGACAGCUUGGUUCAAGGAGGAGACCAAGCUCCAGCAGAGCAAGAAGUACAACAUCGAGGAGGAGGGCACGUACCGCCGGCUCACCGUGCAGAACGUCACCACGGACGACGACGCCGUCUACAUCUGUGAGAUGAAGGAGGGCAGCAGGACCAUUGCAGAGCUCUCUGUCCAAGGGAACAUCAUUAAGAAACUCCCACGGAAAACUGCAGUGUUCAUCAACGACACAGCCACCUUCUGUGUGGAGCUGGACAACGACUGCCAGGACGUGCGGUGGCUGAAGAACAAAGAGGAGGUGAAAGCCAGCGAGCGAAUCUCCAUCACACGCUCUGGCAAACAGCACACCAUGACCAUCAGGGAGUGCAAGAUGGAAGAUGCUGGUGAGAUUGCCUUCCUGGCUGAAGAAAGCAGGACUUCUACUCAGUUCACUGUGACCACUCCCAAAAAACCUCCCACCCAACCCCCAGCUGACCCUGUGGUGAAAAAUAAAACAGAAACCUCAGUGACACUGGCCUGGUCCCCUCCGAGGAUGGACAGGCCCAUUCCAGUCGACGGAUACAUCGUGGAGCGCAAGAAACUCACCGGCUUCACCUGGGUCAGGUGCCACGAGUCCCACGUCCCCAGCCCCGAGCUCACGGUCAGCAACCUGCCAGAAGAGGCUGACUACCAGUUCAGGGUGUCUGCAGUCAACACCUAUGGACAGAGCCCCUACCUGGAAUUCCCUGGGAGCUUGCACCUCGAACCCGUCCUGGCUGUGAAAAACCCCCUGACAACAGCUGAAGUUGCACCUGGAGGAGAUGCCCUGUUCACUGUCGACCUGACCAAGACAUGUUCUGGCACUUGGUACCUGAAUGGCAAAGUCUUACAGGAAAGUGAGACCUACAUCAUGAACAGAACCCAAACCACUCACACCCUGCUCAUAAAAAAUGUCACCAGGAGAGAUGAUGGGGCAGAAGUGAAAUUUGUUGCCAAUGACGUUGAGACCAGCACCAAGAUGAGAGUGAGAGGAGCUGCAGUGAGAUUCACCAACAAGAGCAAAGACAUAGAAAAAGUCUCAGCUCGGCUGCAGGAAGAAGCCAAACUCCAGGCUGAGCUUUCAGACACAGAGGCCACUGUGAAGUGGAUGAAAGAUGGGAAGGAGCUCCAGGCCAGUGAAAAAUACGAGUUCCAAACCGUGGGGAAGAGGCGCGUCCUGAAAAUCCGCCGAGCUGCCGAGGAGGAUGCUGGAGUCUAUGAGUGUGUCUGUGAAGGGGAUAAAAUGCUUUACCAGCUCUCAGUGAAAGCACUUGCAAACUUCAUAAACAAAGAGAAAACUGGAGGAGUGGUCAAGGCCAUUGCUGGGAAACAGGCUGAGUUUGUGUCUGAGACCUCCGAGGCCAACAUCAUGGUCAAGUGGUACAAAGAUGGGAAGGAAAUCACAGCCAGCAAGAAAUUCACCAUGGAAGACAAAGGAAAACUGCACAAGCUUGUGGCUUCGGCUGUGACAAAAGAAGAUGAAGGAACUUACACCUGCAAAAUUGGGGAUGACACCCUUACUUUUGAUUUAAAAGUCUCAGAUGAAGCUGUUACUUUUGUCAACAAGCCCAAAACGACUCCAGAAGUAUCAGUCAGCCCUUCUGAAAGCCUGGAGCUGGUGUGUGAGGUGUCAGCUGCGGGCGGGGCCGUGGUGUGGAGGAAGGGUCAGACUGAGCUGAAGCAGGACCAGAGGACAACAAUCGUCUGCCAGGGGACACAACGCAAGCUCAUCAUCAAGAGGGUGACACAGCAAGACCAAGGCAGCUACACCUGUGAAACAAAGGACGACAGAACAACAUUCCAAGUCAAAGUCAGAGGUGAGAAAAUGCCAGGAAUUCCAAAGGUGGAGAAGAAAGAUGCAGGGGAGUACAGCUGUGAGGCUGCUGGCCAAAAACUCACCUUCAGGAUCGAUGUCAAAGAGCCCAAACCUGCAUUUAUAAACCAGGAAAAGGUCCAGAAGGAGGUGAAGGCUGUCUUGACAGAAAGUGCCACUCUCAUGUGUGAGGUGGCACAGGAUGCCACCGAAGUGAAGUGGUACAAGGAUGGCAAACUGCUCGUUUCCUCUCGGAAAUUCAAAAUAGAGACCGUGGGCAAAUCCCGGCGCCUGGUGGUGGAGCAGCUGGAGAAAAAGGAUGCUGGGGAAUACAUUUGUGAGGCUGCUGGCCAGAGGCUGACCUUCAAACUGGAACCAACUGAACCAGAGGCUAAAUUUGAAAAGAAAGUUGUCCAGAAGGAGCCUCUCAUUGUCCAAGAACACGAAAGCAUCACACUGACAACCUCAGUCACUCCUGAAACCGCUGCAGUGAGGUGGUUCAAGGAUGGCACAGAAAUCAAGGCGAGCAAGAAAUGUGUGAUCAAGAGCGAGGGGGCAUCCAGGACACUGACAGUGACUGCAGCUGAGAGCACAGACUCUGCCCUCUACACCUGCCAGACAAAGCAUGACAAGCAGGAAUUCAGGGUCCAGGUGAAAGAAAUCCCGGUGAAGUUUGCCAAGAAGCUGGAGGCCGUGAAAGCCGAGAUCGGUGGCAGCGUGUCCCUGAGCUGUGAGCUGAGCCACGCCAAGGGGAAGGUGACAUGGAGCAGGAAUGGUGUGGAGAUCAAGCCCAGCAAGCGUUUCCAGAUCCGUGAGGAGGGAACCAAGAGGACCCUGACGAUAACGGGGAUCCGGGCUGAGGAUGAGGGAGAAUAUUCCUGCGAGUCCAGGGAUGACAAGAGCAGCGUCACCAUCGUCCCCAAACCUCCCAGAGUGGUGAAAUUCGUCACAAGUCUCAACAGCGUGGUGUCUGAGGAGGGUAAAGAGGCUGUGUUCAAGUGCACCGUCUCCCCCAGUGAUGCUGUGGUCACCUGGCUCAGGAAUGGUGCCAAGAUUGAAGCCAGCAAGAAAUACGUGAUCUCUCAGAAGGACACCAACCACAGCCUCACCAUCACUGACCUGGCACUGGAAGAUGCAGCUGAAAUCACAGCCAGUGCUGAGGGUGUGGAAAGCUCAGCCAACCUCAGAGUCCGAGAGGCCUCAAUCUCCUUCAAGAAGAAGCUGGAGCCCAAAACAGUUGAAGAGAGGGAGACAGUGACCCUGGAGGUAGAGCUGACCAAGCCUGCAGAGGUGAAAUGGAUGAGGAACAGCAUCGUGCUGAAGCCCAGUGACAAAAUAGAGAUCAAAGCUGAGGGAACAAAGCACACCUUGGUGGUCAAGGACAUCUCCUUUGCAGACAGGGGCUUCUACUGCUGUGAGAGCCCUGAUGACAAAACCCAAGCCAAGAUCAAUGUGGAAAUGAGGCAGAUCAAGUUGGUGAAAGGCCUGCAGCCCCUGCAGGUGACUGAGAAAGGGACUGUCACCUUCGAGGUGGAGGUGUCACACGAGGACGUGGAGGGCACCUGGCAGAAGGAUGGUGUUCGUCUGAAACCUGCACCCAACAUCAGCUUCGCUGUCCUGGGCAAGAAACACUCCCUGACUCUGUCCUCGGUGGCUCUGGAAGAUGCAGGACUCAUCUCCUUCAAAGCAGAAGGCAUUAAUUCAUCAGGGAGGCUCACUGUGACAGAACUGCCUGUGAGGAUCAGCAAACCUUUGGCAGAUGUCAGUGUAACUCAGAAGCUCAAGGCCACGUUCGAGUGUGAGCUGUCCAAACCCAAUGCCAAUGUGAAGUGGUUCAAGGAUGGGAAGGAGAUUCGGCAAAGUAAAAACAUUGGGAUUAUCUCCCAAGGAAAUAAGAGAAGCCUCAUUAUUCACAAGUGUGAAUAUGAAGACCAGGGAACCUAUACAUGUCAAGCAGAUGAAGACAAGACAUCAGCUACUCUAAAAGUUCAUGCCCGAGAUAUCAAGAUUGUAAAACCACUGGAAGAUGUGGAAGUGAACGAAUUCGAGAGUGCAUCCUUCAUCUGUGAGAUCUCACACGACGAGGUGGAAACCCAGUGGUACAAAAAUUCCGACAACAUCAAAAUGCGGCAGGAUGGAAAAACCUAUUCCCUGACUUAUGCACGCGUCCACGUCGAGGAUGCGGCCGAGAUCAAAUUCGUGGCAGAAAAGGCAGAAUCUCGUGCUCAGCUGACUGUAAAAGAGCUGCCUGUGAAAAUCGUGAAGCCUUUGCGGGACAAGAUCGCCCUGUGGAAGCACCGGGGUGUCCUGGAGUGCCAGGUGUCCCGGGCCAACGCCAAGGUCAGGUGGUUCAAAAAGGACGUGGAGAUUCACCCCGGUGGGAAAUACGAAAUCGUGAGCGAGGGCGUCUAUCGGAAACUCGUCAUCAACGACGCCGACUACGAGGAUGAGGACACCUACACGUGUGAUGCCCUGGAUGACAAAACCAGUGCUAAUUUCUUCGUUGAAGAGCAAGCCAUUAAUAUUGUAAAAGAGUUGUGUGAUGAGGACGUGACUGAGCCUGAAGAAGCCAAUUUUGAAUGUGAGACAUCCAUUCCAUCUGUGAAACCUGCCAAGUGGUUCCUGAAGGGAGCAGCCUUGCAGGCUGGCAGAAACAUCAUCAUGCACCAGGAAGGCACCAUCCAUAGGCUGACAAUAGUAAAAACAAGUGUUGAUAUGACAGGCACCAUCCAGUUCUCCAUUGGCAAAUCCAAAUCCACAGCCAACCUGCUUGUCAGAGAUUACCACAUCCAGAUCACCAGGAAGCUGGAGGACAAGACGGUCCUGGAGCGACACUCGGUCAUCCUGUCCUGUGACUUCAGGCCUUCCCCAAAGCACGUCAAGUGGUUCAAGGACCAAGUGCUCCUUGAGCCCUCGGAGAAGUACAGAAUCAAGAGGGAUCAGUACUCAGCAGAGCUCAAGAUCAUGAAGGUGAAGCCCGAGGAUGCUGGAGUGUACAAGUGCAGGGCUGGGAUCGCUGAGACCGAAGCCACGCUCAGCGUUGAAGCCCGCAAUGUGGAGGUGCUCAAGCACCUGCAGGACGUGGAGAUUGAGGAGGACAGCUCUGCUGUGUUCUCCUGUGAGCUGUCCCACGAUGAUGAGGACGUGGAGUGGUUCCUCAAUGGCACCCUCCUCUACACCAACAACUUCAACGACAUCAAGAGCGUUGGCAAGUGCUACAUGCUGACCAUGAAGCAGGUGAAGCCUGAGGAUGCUGGCACGGUGACAAUGAAGUCAGACAAGGUGUCAGAGACUGUGCAGCUGAAGGUGAUAGAGAAACCUGCUGUCUUCAUGAAAUCCUUGGAUGAUGUUUUCGGUGAGGAGCGAGGAGUGAUCAAACUGGAAUGUGAAGUCUCCAAAGAGAAGGUCAAACCUGUGUGGAAAAAGGAUGGUGUGAAGAUCACUCCCAGCAAGAAGUAUGAGGAGAUACAGUCUGGGAAGACCCUGUGCCUCCUUAUCCAUGACCUUGAAAAGACAGAUGCGGGGUUAUACACCUGUGACAUCGGCACUGAUGUUGCCAAAUCAAAGGUCAGCGUUCAGGAACUGAACAUUGGCAUCACCAAAAGGCUCAAGAACACUGAAAUCCAGCAGGGAGAAGACUGCACUUUUGAGUGUGUUUUGUCCCAUGAAAGCAUUGAUGAUUUCAACUGGACUCUGAAUGGGAGAAAAGUGGAAAGUGGGGGGAGAUUUAAAGCCUCCAACACAGGUCGGAAAUACACCCUGAGUAUCAAAAAUGUGAUUCCUGAUGACACUGGGGAGGUCAUCUUCACUGCCCGUGGUCUCACCUCCAAGGCUUCCUUGGUUGUGAAAGAAAAACCUACUGAGGUUACAAAACAGCUGGAGGAUAAGACAUCACCAGCAGGGCAGGACAUCAGCCUGAGCUGUGAACUCUCCAAAGCUGAUGUGAACAUCAGGUGGUACAAGGAUGGCAAAGCAAUCAGGAAAAGCCAGAAAUACGACCUGCAGCAGGAGGGGACACGGGCCACUCUCAUCAUCCGUGACUCCACAGUCAAGGACAGUGGGGAAUACACCUGUGAGACAGAGACCUCCAAAACAACAGCCAGGAUCACAGUGCAAGAAAAGCCUAAUUAUUUUGUGAAGGAACUCUCAGACCUGAAAGUCGACGAAAGCGGAACUGCAGUUUUUGUGUGCCAGAGUGAGAGAGCUGCAUCCUCUGUGGUCUGGAGGAAAGGCAUUGCUGAGCUCAGGGCUGGCAGGAAAUAUGAGAUCACACAGAAAGGACAAGUCCUCCAGCUGACCAUAAAGAACUUGGAGAAAAGUGACAGUGACACUUACAGUUGUGACAUUGGGGAUGCCCAGUCCAGAGCCAAGCUAACUGUGCAAGGCCAGAAAGUGCUAAUAACAGAAGACCUGGAGGAUGUCACUGUGUUAGAAGGAGAAUCUGCCAUGUUCAAGUGCAGAAUCUCUCCCGUAGACUAUAGCAGAGUGCAGUGGUUUUUGGAUAAAACCCCACUCCAUACCAAUGAACUUAAUGAGAUCCAGUCCCAGCCUGGUGGAUAUCACCUGCUAACGCUGAAAAAGCUCUCACUGAAGGACUCGGGGGUCAUUACAUUUGAAGCUGGUGAUAAGAAAACAUCUGCCAGUUUGGUUGUUAAAGAAACACCAGUUCUUUUCAAGCAAGAGCUCCAAAACGAAGAAGCCAAAGAAGGAAAGCAGGUCAGGCUGACCUGUGAGCUCAGCAAACCUGGUACCCCAGUGAAGUGGAUGAAGGGAGACACUGUUCUCUAUGCCAGUGAGAAGUAUGAAUUUAAGCAGCAUGGGACAGUGGCAGAGCUCAUAAUUCGAGAUGUGAAAUCCAUAGAUGCUGGGGAUUACACCUGCACUGCUGGGGAACUGAAAACCACUGCUCGAGUCAAAGUGAAUGCUGUGCCUGUGCUUUUCAAACAAGCCCUGGAGAACACGGAUGUGGAAGAAGGGAAAUCCGUCUCCUUGCGCUGUGAACUCUCAAAAGCUGAUGCCACCGUGGUGUGGAAGAAGGGAGAAGCCACGCUCCAGGCAAGUGCCAAAUAUGAAAUGAAGCAGAAGGGAACAGUGGCAGAGCUGGUGAUUCAUAAUGCAGAGCCAGAAGAUGCUGGAAGAUACACCUGUGACACUGGAGACCAGCAGACCACAGCCCAAGUCAAAAUCCAUGGUAGGAAUGAGACACCUGCUUGUGACCAUUUGUUGUUGUUCUUGCCACGGUCCUGCUACCCCUGCACACUUCCAGAGAGUGUUCAGGAGAACAGGGAUCAGCACAAACAUGAGGCAGCUCUGGCUGGAGCUGCCUGUCCAAGCUCUAAGCCAAGAGCUGUGUCCGUGCUCUUCAAAGAAGAGCUGAAGCCCGUGGAAGCUGUGGAAGGUGGGACAGCCACCCUGCAGUGCCAGCUGGGCACAGAGGCCCCCGUGCAGUGGAGGAAGGGGCAAACUCUUCUCCGGGCGAGUAACAAGUACAAGAUGAGGCAGGAGGGCACCGUGGCUGAGCUGCUGAUCCACGACCUGGAGCCAAAGGAUGCUGGAGACUAUUCAUGUCUAGUGGGGAACCAAAAAACCACAGCAGCCUUGUCAGUGAAUGGUAAAAAGGCAGAGAUAACCUGUGAAACUCUGGAAUGUUUUUGUCCACCUCUUCCCUCCUCCUCUCUGUACAUUCCCUCACAACAACUUCCUUCAUGUCCUGCUUCCACUACUUUCUUCCAUCCACUUGCUCGUGUCACUCCUGUCCCCAGUCUCCAUUUUAUUAUAGUUCAUGUUGGAUCCCUGCCAGUCCGUUUCAAGCAAGAGCUGAGGAACGAGGAGGCCACGGAGAGCGGGACGGCGACGCUGCAGUGCGAGCUGAGCCGGCCGGGAGGCUCCGUGCGCUGGAGGAAGGACGGGAAGGAGCUGAUCCCAACCGGGAAAUACAGAAUGAGGAGGGAAGGGCGCUUUGUAGAGCUGGUCAUCCAAGACCUGGACCUGACAGAUGCUGGCAGCUACACCUGUGUGUGUGGAGAGCAGGAGAGCACAGCUGCUUUGAGAGUGAAUGCCUUGCCUAUCCUCUUCCAAGAAGAAUUGAUGAACAAGGAAGCUACAGAGGGGGAGGCAGUCACUUUGCACUGCAAACUGAGCAAACCAGCCCCUGUUGAGUGGAAAAAGGGGAAUGUGGUGCUGAAGCCGAGUGAAAAGUACAAAAUAGAGCAGGAAGGUCCCUUUGUGGAGCUGACAAUCCGGGAUUUGGAUUUGGCAGACGCUGGGGAUUACAGCUGUGUGUGUGGAGACCGACAGACUACGGCUGCUCUGGCAGUAAAUGUCCUGCCUGCUCUUUUCACCAAGGGACUCACGGACAAAGAAGCCACCGAGGGUAAAAGUGUCUCCCUGCACUGUGAGCUGAACAAGGCUGCUGCUAACGUGGAGUGGAAGAAGGGGUUCAAGACCCUCAAGCCCAGUGACAAAUACCAAAUGAAGAGGGAAGGUGUCGUGGCUGAGCUCAUAAUCCAAAAUCUAGACACGGCGGAUGCUGGGAAUUAUUCCUGUGUGUGUGGAGACCAGCAGACCAUGGCAGUGCUAACAGUUCAUGCUUUGCCUGCAUUUUUCAAGGAAGGGCUGAAGAACAGGGAAGCCACGGACGGUGCCACAGCCACUCUGCGCUGCGAGCUGAGCACGGUCGGCGUCCCCGUGGAGUGGAGAAAAGGGGACAAGGCUCUCAAACCCAGUGAAAAGUACAGGAUGAGACAGGAAGACACAGCUGCAGAGCUGCUGAUCCGAGAUCUGGAGGUGGAAGAUACAGGGGAAUACAGCUGUGUGUGUGGAGAUCAGAAGACCUCGGCUGUCUUGACAGUCCAUGCUCUGCCUGCACUGUUCAAAAGAGAUCUUGUCAAUGUGGAAGGCACAGAAACCAGGACGGCUGUUCUGCAGUGUGAGCUGAGCAAACCCGCCCUGGUGGAGUGGAGGAGGGGGCAGGAGGUGCUCAGACCUAGUGAAAAAUACAAAAUGAGGCUGAAGGACACCACUGCUGAGCUGACUAUCCACAGCCUGGAGGAAGGAGAUGCAGGAGAUUACACCUGUGUGUGUGGAGACAAGACAACCACUGCUUCCCUGACAGUGCAUGCCCUCCCUCCUCACUUUAAGAAGGAGCUGAAGAACGUGGAAGGCACAGAAGAUGGCACGGCCACUUUCUGCUGUGAGCUGAGCAAGGCUGGAGCUGCUGUGGCCUGGAGGAAAGGACACAAAACCCUGGGGACAAGUGACAAGUUCACCAUGAGGUGCCAGGGCACGGUGGCUGAGCUGGUGAUCCAUGAUUUAGUCCUGGCAGAUGCUGGAGAUUACACGUGCUCUUGUGGAGAGCAGGAAACCACGGCUGCACUCAAAGUGAAUGUCUCUGCCAUGCUCCCACAUUCUGCUCCUUUUGACCCCCCCACAGCCCUGCCUGUGCAUUUCCAGAAGGAGAUGAGGGAUGAAGAAGCCACAGAAGGUUCAACAGCCACUCUGCAGUGUGAGCUGUCCAGGGCUGCCCCCGUGGAGUGGAGAAAGAAGCACAAAGUGCUCAAACCCAGUGAAAAAUACACGGUGAGGCAGGAGGGCAGCACAGCCCAGCUGCUGAUCCAUGCUCUGGAGGUCAGGGAUGCUGGGGAGUACACCUGUGUGUGUGGAGAGGAGAAGACAACGGCAGCACUCACAGUGCAUGCCCUUCCUGCUCUGUUCAAAGAAGAAUUAAGGGAUGAGGAGGCCGAGGAGGGUGAAGCAGUCACUCUGCACUGUGAGCUGACCAAACCUGCCCCAGUGGAGUGGAAAAAGGGACACACAGCCCUCAAACCUAGCGAGAAAUACAAAAUGAGGCAGAAGGAUGUCACUGCAGAGCUGGUGAUCCACAGUGUGACCGAGAGUGAUGCUGGGGAUUACACCUGUGUGUGUGGGGAGCAGCAGUCCACAGCUUCCUUGGCAGUGCAUGUGCUGCCUGCAGGCAUCCAGGAGAGCCUGAGGGACGAGGAGGUGACCGAGGGUCAAGUGGCCACUCUGAGCUGUGAGCUGACCAAAGCUGCCCCCGUGGAGUGGAGGAAGGGCAGCACCUUGCUCAAAGCCAGUGACAAGUACAAAAUGAGGCAGGAGGGCAUGGUCAGGAAGCUGCUUAUCCAGGAUGUGGAAUUGAAAGAUGCUGGAGAGUACACGUGUGUGUGUGGAGAGCAGGAGACAACAGCAGCCUUGAUAGUGCAUGCCCUGCCAGCCCUUUUCAAAGAAGACCUGAAGGACCUGCAAGCCAUGGAAAGCCAAACAGCCACUCUGAGCUGUGAGCUGAGCAAGGCUGCAGCUGUGGCAUGGAAGAAAGGGAACAAAAUACUCAAGGCAGGUGAAAAAUACAUCAUGAGGCAGGAGGGUGCCCUGGCAGAGCUGGAAAUCCGUGACCUAGAGCUGCAGGAUGCAGGAGAUUACACCUGUGUGUGUGGGGACCAGCACAGCACAGCCUCUCUGGCAGUGAAGGCCCUGCCAGUGCUUUUCAAGGAAGAGCUGAAGGAUGAAGAAGCCCAAGAAGGAGCAUCAGUCACUCUGAGAUGUGAAUUAACCAAAGGAGCUCCUGUGCAGUGGAAAAUAGGGCCCAAAGUGCUCAAAGCAAGUGACAAAUAUCAAAUGAGACAGUCUGGCACUACUGCAGAGCUGGUCAUUCCUGACCUAGAAGUAAAAGAUGCUGGAGAUUACACCUGUGUGUGUGGUGACCAGAAGACAACAGCAACCUUAACAGUUCAUGCUCUGCCACCACUGUUUAAGGAAGAGCUGAAGGACAAGGAAGCAGAAGAAGGUGGAGAAGUCUCCCUGCUCUGUGAGCUCUCCAAGGCUGCUCCAGUGGAGUGGUGGAAGGACCAGAGGAUCCUCAAACCAAGUGGGAAAUACAAAAUGAGGCAGGAAGGGCUCAAGGCAGAGCUGGUGAUCCAUGAAAUAGCUGAGGAGGAUGCAGGAGACUACACCUGUGUGUGUGGAGAGCAGCAGAGCACAGCUGUCCUGACAGUACAGGCUGUGCCUCCGUUUUUCCAAGAAGAAAUGACCAGCCAGGAAGGGGUGGAAGGUGGAACAGCCACUUUGCACUGUGAGCUGAGCAAGGCUGCUGCCCGUGUGCAGUGGAAGAAGGGCCAGCACAUCCUCACCUCGGGCACCAAGUACAGCAUGAGGCAGCAGGGAUGUGCUGUGGAGCUGGUGGUCCAUGGCUUGGAGCUGAGUGACACUGGGGAUUAUUCCUGUGUGUGUGGAGACAAGACCAGCACAGCUGCCUUAACAGUUCGUGUGCUGCCUCCAGAAUUCAAGAGAGAGCUGAAGGACCUGGAAGCUGUGGAAAAUGGCACAGCUGCUCUGCAGUGUGAGCUGACAAAACCUGCUGAGGUGGAGUGGAAGAAAGGGCAGGAGGUGCUCAAAGAGAGCAGCAAAUAUGAAAUGAGUCAGGAUGGUGCUGUUGCAAAGCUGCUUAUCCAUGAGCUGGAGGAGGAGGAUGCUGGAGUUUACACCUGUGUGUGUGGAGAUGAGCAGACAACUGCCACGCUGACAGUCAAUGCACUGCCCAUCACGUUUAAGCAACCUUUACAGAAUAAGGAAUUUGAGGAAGGAAGCACAGCCACGUUCUGCUGUGAGCUGUCGAAACCCAGAACUGCAGUGGAAUGGAGGAAAGGAGGAGUGGGGCUGCAGCCCAGCCAGAAAUAUGAAAUGAGGCAGAGGGGAUGCCUGGUAGAGCUCUUGAUACACAAUCUCAGAUUAGAAGACACAGGAGAAUACAGCUGUGACACGGGGGAUCAGGAAACCAGGGCAGCUCUCAAUGUGAAAGCUCUGCCAGUUCUUUUCCAAAAGCAGCUCAAGGACGAGGAGGCAGAGGAAGGAGCCGCGGUGAAAUUCCAGUGUGAGCUUACAAAGGAUAACGCGGCCGUGGAGUGGAGGAAAGGCACCAUGGAGCUCUUCCCGUGUGCCAAAUAUGAAAUUAAAUUAAGUGGGCGCACAGCAGAGCUCGUGAUCCAUAAUGUAGAGCCAGAGGAUGCCUCUGAUUACACUUGUGACACGGGAGACCAGCAGAGCACUGCAGUCCUCAGAGUGAAUGCCAUCAAACCCCAGCUGAAGCAGCAGCUGAGGAACGAGGAGGUGGAAGUGGGAGGAACAGCCAGGCUGCGCUGUGAGAUUUCCAUCAGCAAAGCAGAGGUGGAGUGGAGGAAGGAUGGAACCCUCCUGCACUCCAGCUCCAAGUAUGAAAUGUGGCAGGAUGGGACCCUCAGGGAGCUCCGUGUUCACCACCUGGAGCCUGGGGAUGCUGGAGAAUAUUCCUGCAAGGCUGGAGACCAGACCAGCUCAGCCAAACUCACUGUGAAAGAGCCUGACGUGACCAUCGUGAGUGGCCUCAAGGACAGGGUGGUGUCCGAAGGGGACGAUGUCACCUUUCAGUGCCAGGUUUCCCACGAGAACGCCAGGGACGUGGAGUGGAAGCUGCAGGACGUGGCUCUGCAGAACAACGAAAUGAACGAGAUCUCGGUGGAGAAGGGCAAGAUCCACACCCUGACCCUGAGGAAGGUGACCGAGCAGGACAUUGGCACUGUCACUUUCCGGGUGGGACCCCACACGUCGACAGCAGAGCUCAGGGUGAAAGCUGCUCCAGUCACCUUCACACAGCCACUCCAGAACCAACAAGCUGAGGAAGGUGGCAGUGUCACCUUGAGCUGUGAGGUCUCCAAACCCAACACCAGUGUGCAGUGGAAGAAGGAGGGGACAGUGCUGCGACCCAGUGACAAAUACAAGAUGCGCCAGGAGGGAUCCCUGGCUGAGCUGACAAUCCACAACCUGAGCGAAGCUGAUGCUGGGGACUACACCUGUGACACAGGGGACCAGCAAACCACGGCAGCAGUGCACCUGAAAGAACCAGCAGCCACCAUCGUGGAGAGGCUGAAGGACGUGGCCGCGUACGAAGGGGAGGACGCGGUGUUCGAGUGCCGGCUGUCCCGGGAAACAGCUCAGGAUGCCCAGUGGUUCCUGGGGGAUGUUCCCCUGCAAUCCAACGAAAUGAACGAGAUCAGAGUGCAGGGGACACGGCACAGUUUGAUCUUGAGGAAGGUGACCCUGGAGGACUGUGGGUCCAUCACUUUCAAAGUGGGGCAGCAUUCGUCGGCAGCACGGCUGAAGGUGGAAGCCAAGAACAGCAUUGUCCAGGGCUUGGAGAAUGUGGAGGCUGUGGAGGGAGGGGAAGCCCUGUUCGAGUGUUACCUCUCCAAGCCUGAGACCUACAAUUACAACUGGCUGAUUGAUGAUGAACCUGCCAAAACCACAGAAAACACUGAGAUGGUUUACUUUGAAAAUGGACUCAGGCAUAUCCUGCUGCUGAAGAAUUUAACUCCCCAGGACAGCUGCAGGGUGACUUUCAUGUGCAGUGAUGCAGUGACCUCAGCCUUCCUCACAGUGAAAGGGUGGCGCCUGCAGUUCUUGCAGCCCCUCACGGAUGUGGAAGUGUCCCUGGGGGAAAAAGCAACAUUUAGUUGUGUGCUGAGUGAAGCUGUGCCAGUUAAUGAAGUGGCCUGGUACAGUAAUGACACAGAGAUCCAGUCAGGUGAGGACUGGGAGGUACAAGCAGAUGGAAACAAAUACAAACUUAUUCUGAAAAAAGCCCAGCUGCAUCAUUCUGGAGAGGUGACCUUUGCUUCCAGGGAGGCCAUUUCAUCAGCCAAGCUUUCUGUGAUAGAGCCUCCAGUUACAGUCACCCAACCUCUGGUGGGAGGAUCAGUCUCGGAAGGAGGGGUGGCUCGCCUGGAGUGCACAUUAUCAAGUAAAACUGAGGAGAAAGUGACUUGGUUCAAGGGAAAAGAACAAAUAAAAGCUGGAGGGAGAUACGAGAUCCUCUCUGAUGGAGCGAAGCAGAUCCUCAUUAUCCGUGGAUUUAAAGCUGAGGAUCAGGACAGCUACACCUGCAUGGCUUCUCCAGAAGUCAAAUCUGUUGCCAGCCUGUGUCUUGAGGUUCCCACGGUGUCGAUGCUGAAGGAGAUUGCCAGGGAAGCUCCCCCUGCCAGCCGGGCUGAAGAGCUGGUGGAUGGACACAUCCAGCCCAGCCUGCCCCCCGAAGCUGCCCAGGAGGGAGAUCUUCACCUCCUCUGGGAAGCCCUGGCCAAGAAACGCCGUAUGAGCCGUGAGCCCACCUUGGAUUCCAUCAGCGAGGUGCCUGAGGAAGAGGAGAAGCUUCAGAAGCUGAGGAAGGAGGAAGCAGAGAUGUCUCACUACUACUCGGAGGAGUACUCCACGUGUGAUGAGCUGGCCAGGACAGGAGAGGCAGAUUUGUCUUUCACAAGCUCUGAUGAUGAGUCUAGAGCUGGGACUCCUUCCCUCGUAAACUACCUCAAGAAAGCUGGCAAGAAGACCAUCAGUGUUACCAGCAAGGUUCAGUCUAGCUCCACAGGAAAAUUAUGGAAACAGUGGGAAACAUCCACAGUGGAGACCACUGUGGCCACCACAGCUGCUCAGCCAGCUGAAACAGAGCUGCCAGAUUUAGAUGACCCCUCCAUGAACAAGGCGGCUGUGAAGAUCCAAGCUGCUUUCAAAGGCUACAAAGUCAGAAAAGAGAUCAAGCAACAAGAGUGCCCCGUGUUUACUGAGACCUUCAAAGACUUCUCUGGAGAGCCUGGGAGCACCCUGCACCUGGAGUGUGUGGCCCACAGCAAAACUGACAUGAACGUGCGGUGGCUGAAAGACGGGAAGGAGCUGUCGGACGGUCGCUACUACCACAUCGACAGCUACAGCGAUGGCACCUGCUCCCUGAUUAUCGCGGGCCUGGACAGGAAGGACGCGGGGAAAUACACCUGUGAGGCGUCCAAUAAGUUUGGCAAGGUCUCCCACAGUGCUAAGGUGGUGGUUGGCACUCAGGAGCCUCCAGUUCUUGCCAAGGACAAGCGGAGUAAGCAGAGCACUGACAGCGAGACGGAGAGCUCGUCCGGCAGCGAGCUGGACGAUGCCUUCCGAAAAGCAGGGAGGAGACUCCACAGGCUCUUCAGAGCCAAGAUCUCCACGGAGAUCUCUGAUGUGGAGGAAGAGCUCUUUGUCAGUGCAGACGAAGGGGACAUCGAUGUGGUUGACCACCAGACGUACCGUGAGGAUGACCAGUACAUCUACAUCAAGUUUGAAGUCAUGUCUGAGGCCAAGACGGCCGCCACACGGUUCAGAGAGAUGUUUGGUGCUCUGGGAAUUCCCGUGGAGAUCGACAUCUUGGAGCAAGGCCCCAAAAAAAUCGAAUUGCGCAUUGGGAAGGCAUCACCUCCCACCCUUGGGAAGUUUGCACCUCCAGUAGCGAGACCUCCACCACCUCUGCUGACUUCUGACACAGCCCCCAUGUUCAUGACCGAGCUCCAAAACCAGGAGGUCCAGGAUGGGUACCCAGUGAGCUUUGACUGCAUCGUCAUUGGCAAACCCCUGCCCACGGUUCGCUGGUUCAAGGAUGGCAAAGCCAUUGAAGAAGACGAUCACUACAUGAUCAAUGAGGACCAGGAAGGGUGUCACCAGCUGAUCAUCACUGCUGUGGUGCCCACGGACAUGGGUGUCUACCGCUGCCUCGCCGAGAACAACAUGGGGGUGGCUUCAACCAAGGCUGAGCUUCGUGUGGACUUGACCAGCACAGACUAUGAGACAGCAGCAGAUGCAACAGAGACAUCAUCUUACUACAGUGCCAAGGAAUAUAUUUCAAGCCGAGAACAGGAAGAAUCCACCACUGAGGAGGAGCAGCUGCCCCAGAUCUUUGAUGAGCUUCAUGAUAUUCAUGUGGCACCUGGAGCAUCACUGGCUAAAUUUCACCUGAAGGUGAAAGGGUACCCUCAGCCUCGUCUCUACUGGUUCAAAAAUGGGCAGCCCCUAAAGGCCUCGGAUCGUAUCCUCAAGACUGACAGGCAGGAAUUCCACUCCCUGGAAAUCCGUGAUGUCACCAAAGCAGAUGCCGGCCAGUACUUGAUAUUUGUCAUCAACUCUGCUGGCUCUGCAUACUCCUCAGCCAGGCUGGUAGUCAGAGAUCCUUAUGAGAAAGAAGAGCCAUCCAAAACAGAUUCCCAAGAGCAGCUGAUACCACCAAGAUUCCUUGAAAGAUUUACAAAUAAGAAAGUGAAAAAGGGUGCAAGCAUCACAUUAUCUGUGAAAGUUGAAGGACAUCCUCCACCAACAAUCACUUGGAUGAAAGAAGAAUCUCGGGAAGACAUCCUGUGGAUCAAACCUGACACUCCUGGGUAUAAACUUGCCAGUUCCAACAUGCACCACAGCCUGAUCCUGCUGGAUGUCAAGAAGAAGUACAGUGGAGCUUACACGUGCAUUGCCACCAACAAGGCUGGCCAGUCCAUCUGCACUGCCAACCUGGAAGUUGCAGAUGUGAAAGAGGCUGAAGUCCUGACCCAGGAGCGUGUGAUGGUGUCAGAAGCCAUCAUGACCACACUGGGAACUAUUCAGUCCUCUGAAGGAGACCUUGAAGCUGGCAGAGAAGGUGUGCCCAAAAGCCCUAUUUCAUUAGCUGAUGUUGGCUCAGAAGAGUUCUUCCAAAAACUCACCUCACGUAUCUCAGAAAUGGUAUCUGCAAAAAUAACUCAGGCCAAACUCCGAGUACCAGGUGCAGAAAGUGAUGAUGAGUCAAGAACUCCCUCUGCAUCUCCUCGCCAUGGGAGGUCCAGACCUUCAUCCAUUGCUCAGGAAUCCUCCUCUGAAUCUGAAGAUGGGGAUUCCAGAGGGGAGAUCUUUGAUGUCUACAUGGUCACUGCUGACUACGUGCCCGCGGCGCCGGACAAGGAGACCAUCACCCUGAAGGAAGGACAAUAUGUGGAAGUCCUGGAUUCAGCUCAUCCUCUGAAAUGGCUGGUCAGGACUAAACCCACGAAAUCGAGUCCCUCUCGACAGGGUUGGGUGUCUCCAGCUUAUCUGGACAAGAAAUUAAAGUUGUCACCAGAGUGGGGAACAACAGAAAUUCCAGAGUUUCCUGGAGAGUUUGUUUCUGAAGAUGAAUAUAAAAGGAAGCUAAGUGUUCUCAUUCAGGAGCUGUUGAUCUCAGAGGAAGAUUACAUUCAAGACUUACAGUUCCUCCAGACUCAUCACCUUAGGUACACUGAGACCUGUCCCAGUGUGCCAGGAGCUGUUGCCAGUCAGAAAUCCACCAUCUUCAGGAAUAUUGAUGACAUUGGGCGCUUCCAUUCCAGUGUGUUCCUCAGGAGCCUGCAGAGCUGUGACACUGAUGAUGAUGUGGCCAUGUGCUUCAUCAAGCACGAAGCAGAGUUUAACAAAUACAUCCAGUACCUGGUGGGAAGGGUCCAGGCUGAGUCCAUUGUUGUCAGCAAAGCUGUCCAGGAUUUCUACAAGAGAUACACAGAUGAAUUUGUAACUAAUGAAGAUCCCUCACAGCCACUUAUCCCACCACUGCAGCACUACCUGGAAAAACCCAUUAACAGGAUCCAGCAGUACCAGACAAUAAUUAAGGAAUUGAUCAGAAACAAAGCCAGAAACAGCCAGAACUGCACUCUGCUGGAGCAAGCCUAUGCCAUUGUGUCUGCCCUGACCCGAAGAGCAGAGAACAACCUCCAUGUCUCACUCAUUGAGAAUUACCCAGGGACCUUGGAAAGUCUGGGGGAACCCAUCCGACAGGGCCACUUCAUUGUGUGGGAAGGAGCUCCAGGAGCUCGAAUGGCAUGGAAAGGACACAAAAGACAUGUUUUCCUCUUCAAAAAUUAUAUUGUGAUCUGCAAACCAAAGCGAGACACAAAGACAGACACCUACAGCUACAUCUUCAAGAACAUCAUGAAGCUGAACAACAUAGAUGUGAACGACCUGGUGGAAGGGGAUGACCGGGCCUUUGAGAUCUGGCACGAGCGGGAGGACCUGGUGCGCAAAUACCUGCUGCAGGCGCGAACCGUGAACAUCAAGAACUCCUGGGUGAAGGAGAUCCUGGGCCUCCAGCAGCGCAUCAGCGAGCCCAUCUGGAUCCCUCCAGACUUUGAGGAAGAGCUGGCAGACUGCACAGCCGAGCUGGGAGAGACAGUCAAGCUGGCCUGCAAGGUGACAGGAGCUCCCAAGCCAUCCAUCAGCUGGUACAAAGAUGGAAAGCUCGUGGAGGUGGAUCCCCACCACAUUAUAAUAGAAGAUCCUGAUGGUUCCUGCACACUGAUCUUGGACAACCUGACAGGGGCUGACACAGGACAGUACAUGUGCUUUGCUUCCAGUCCUGCUGGAAAUGCCAGCACCUUGGGAAAGAUCCUUGUUCAAGUGCCCCCACGGUUUGUGAACAAGGUCAGGAAUGCUUAUCUUGUCGAGGGUGAAGAUGUCCAGUUCACCUGCACUGUGGAAGGGGCACCCAGGCCUCAGAUCAGAUGGUACAAAGAUGGGGUUCUGCUGAAGGACACUAGUAAAUACCAGACUUUCAGUGAACCACGGAGUGGCAUCGUAGUCCUGGUGGUCAAGAACCCUUCCAAUGAAGACAUGGGGCACUAUGAAUGUGAGCUGAUGAACAGGUUAGGGUCUGCCAAAAGUGGAGCAGAGCUUUACCACCACAGCGCUGCAGCCCUGACCCAGGAGAGGAGAGGAGACCAAGCCAUCACCAUUGAAGUCACUGAACAAGAGACUAAAGUGCCCAAGAAAACCAUCAUCAUAGAGGAGACCAUAACCACGGUGGUGAAGAGCCCAAGGCAAAGGGGAAGGGUUUCUCCUGCACGUUCUCCUUCAGGUCAUUCUCCCUCCCGCUCCCCACGGGUGGAGCUGGCUCCGGAGCCGGUUUACGUCUCCAAGAUCAGGCAGCCUGUCCACAGACACGACCAGGAGGCAGCACCAAAGUCUGGUGCUGUGCCCAGGCUUUAUGUCACAGAACACGAGGACAUGCAAGGGGCAGCGGCGAGAGACGUCGUUGUGGAGAGCACAGUGGAAGAGAAGAAGCCCAAGUGGGUCGAAGUGGAAGAAAUAAUUGAAUUCAAGGUGAAAAAAUCACCAAAGCCCACAAGGAAAAGAGGUUCUUCCCCAGCAAAACAAGAAAAAGAUGACUCAGGGGUGUUAACGUUCACUUUUCCCAGCUCAAGGCCCAAGCGCUCUCCAGAAGAUGAUCCAAAUACGAACAACUCCAACAAUAAAUUGGUGGAACAGCCAAAAUCUCUGCCAAAUGAGGGUCUCUCUGAAGGUGACAUCCAACCCCUGGUGUAUACGACCGAGCAGGAAGGACCUCAGGUCAGCAGCGAAGAGAGAAACUCGCCGUGUGGGUUAGAACAAUUAGGAAGUGAUUCAUUUAUGGAUUAUGGAACUGAAGGGAAGAGCUGCCCGCAGGAGCCACGUGCUGACUGUGGGUCAGACUCUGCCUCCCCUCUGCUUGCCUGCGGGGGUGAGCCUCUGGUCUUCAGUUUUGGGACAGCAGCUGGAGAGCAACACCAAGUUCUGUUCUCCCCGGCGAGUCCAGAGGAAAAGGAAGGGGUUGAUGAAGUGGAUGUGUCCUGGCCUGUUGGAGAGGAGGUACCCGAAGUAAUACAGGACAUCCUUCCCGAGGAGGACAACGUCAUCGUGGAUGAGCCAGAGGAGCUGCACGCAGAUGACAUCAGCACGCGGGACCGCAAGAUUUUAACCCACAACGGCAAACUCUUAACCCUGGAGGACCUGGAGGAUUACAUCCCCCAGGAAGGAGAGACCUACAGGUGCGAGGAUCAGAAGCAGACGGCGGAGAAGCCCUGCGAGAUCUCGGUGCUGCAGACGGAGAUCAACGAGCCGACCAUCGGCAAGCCGGUGCUGCUGAACCUGCUGCGGCCCGUGGUGCCCCAGCCCAGGCAGAGGUUCUUCAGCCAGCUCCAGGAGCACGUCCCCGGGGCUGUGUUCGUGUCAGCCUCCCGCCUGAGCUCCGCGCCGUCCGUGGGCCCCUCCAGCAUCUCGUUCCGCGUGGGCGAUCCCCGCGCGGCUCCUGCCGGCCCUUCCUUCACCCUGAAGCCCUCGUUCUGCACCGAGCUGCAGCGCUCGGCCGACAGCGGCCAGUCCAGCUUCAAAACUGAAGUUUCCACCAGAACCCUCAGCUACGGGACUGUGGGCGAGCCUGUCACCUUGCACAUCAGCACAGAAGACCUCUCCCAGACCACAGCACAGAGGCAGGUUCCAGAUGAACCAGGGGUGCCAAAGCCAAGCCCUGCUCCUUCCAGGGAAGAGGAGGCUGCUGGAGGUGAAAGCACUCGGGAACGCACAGUUCCCAUCGACAGAACAUCACCAGAUGCAGGGGCAGGAGGCUGGUACAGGAGAGAAGGAGACGUGGUCUGGGAUGUGCACAGUGAAGUUUACAUCGAGACCACAGAAAGAACUCGUGUGUACAAGACUGAGGAGAAGACUCCAACAAGUCCUCCCUACAUGCAAGUGACAAUAGAGGAUGUGCAGGUGAACUCUGGGGAACGUGCCAAAUUCCAGGCAGUCAUUGAAGGAACCCCUCAGCCCACAGUUCUGUGGUUUAAGGGCACUUCACUGCUGACAGACAGUGACAGGAUCCAUCAGGGGAAGGAAGGAACAACGUAUUUCUUGGUGGUGGACAAUGCUGCCUUGGAAGAUGGUGAUGUUUAUACCUGUGUUGCCAAAAAUGCAGGAGGGGAGGUUUUGUGCAAAGCUGAGCUCGUCGUACGUGAAGCUAAGAAAGACCAAGAAGGAAAGAAAGUGGCCACCAGGAGAAAGCUCCACUCCCAUUAUGAGGUGAAGCAGGAGAUUGGAAGGGGCUGCUUCAGCUUCGUGAAAAGAGUGGUGCACAAAGGGAACAGGGUGUCCUGUGCUGCCAAAUUCAUCCCUCUGAGGAGCAAAACCAGGACUCGAGCUCAUCAGGAGAGGGAUAUUCUUGCCUCUCUGUCCCACGACAGAAUUACCAGGCUCCUGGAUGAGUUUGAAACACGAAAAACACUGAUUUUGAUUCUGGAGUUAUGCUCCAAUGAAGAGCUCCUGGACAGAUUAUUCAAGAAGAGUGUGGUCACUGAAGCUGAGGUCAAACUGUACAUCAAGCAAAUUUUGGAAGGAAUCAAAUAUCUUCAUGACAACAACAUCCUUCAUUUGGACAUCAAGCCACUGAAUAUCCUCAUGGUUUAUCCUGAGAGGGAAGACCUGAAGAUCUGUGAUUUUGGGUUUGCCCAGAGGAUCACACCCGUGGAGCCUCAGUACAGCAAAUACGGCUCUCCAGAGUUUGUUGCCCCAGAAAUUGUUUCCCAGUCACCAGUGUCAAAAGCAACUGAUAUCUGGGCUGUUGGAGUCAUCACAUAUUUAAGCCUCACGUGCAAGUCUCCAUUUGCUGGGGAGAACGACAGGAAAACUCUCCUAAAUAUCCAGAACGGGGAGAUUUCAUGGACCAUUCCUGAUGUUGUUCACUUGAGUGAAGAUGCAAAGGACUUCAUGAAGGGGAUCCUGCAGCAGCACCCCAAAUCCAGGCCAAGUGCUUUGGACUGUCUUUCCCACAAAUGGUUCAUGCACAAUGUCCCUCUUGAAGCAGCUCAUUUCAUUAACACCAAGCAGCUCAAAUUCAUUGUGGCUCGGAGCAAGUGGCAGCGCUCCCUGAUGUGCUACAAAUCCAUCCUGGUGAUGAGAUCCAUCCCAGAAAUCCUGGAAAGGACCCAUGACAACAGCUCCCUGGCCAUCUCCCGACACCUCAUUGAGGAGAGCACCUCAUCCAGCACCAGUGGCUCCUCUUCAGACAAUGAAAACUCGAAUUUCCCUGAAAAGAAGCACUUUGGCUCCACCCCUGAACUGCACUUGCCUGUGUUUGAUGCCCCAAGCCAUCCCCAGCCUCUGAAAUGUGCGAGUGAACAGGAGCACUCCAAAAGCUCCAUCCCCCCAGUAAAACCCACGAGGAGGAAAUAUGCUUCCAUGAAAGCUGAGGUGGGGCACAAACCACCCACAGAAAGCAAAGAGCUCAUGGCAGGUAUCUUACAGGACAAAGAGCAGGGGCUCCUGCCCAGCCUUCAGGAAGAGCCACCCCAAAAAAGUGGCACUGCUGAGCCUUCAUCCCCGAGGGCUUCCAGGGAAAGCACAUCACUUCUGCACCAGAAAGAAAAACCAGACACACCUUUACCUGAAACGGCAGGGGAUGGGACAGAAAAGCCAUCUGCCUGUGUUCCCAGGCAGAGUGUCAUUAAAAGCACCUUCUACAGCCAAGCAACUGAGCUGCCUGCAAGGCCACCCUCCUCACCUGGCAGGGAGCUCAGGAGGCACCUGGACAGAGCCAGGAGGACUUUCCGCAAGGCUGGCUACUCAAAGGUGCCCCUCAGUGGCCUCCGUGAGCCCCUCCUGGAGCAGUUUGAACUGGAAGAGGAGGAAGAAGGGGGAGAUGAUCGCAGGGAAAGUCUGCUGGGAUCCUUGACCAAAUCUGCAUCGUUUGACAGUGCCAGGAAGCCACCACACCCUGCCAUUGCUGGUGCCAGCCGCAGCCGCUCCCUGGAUGACUACAGGCUCAGAGCCUCCAGAUCCUUGAGGGAGCAGGAUAUUUUGGAGGAGGACUGUGAUGUGUUGUCCCAGGAAAGCUGCCCUGAAGGCAGUGAUCACUGUGACACUUCCGCAGGGCCUGGCAAGGGAUGUUCUGCGGGCACAGCAGAGCAAGGGGACAUCGGGAGAGCCAGCAAGGAUUGCUCAGGAGAAAAGCCCUCUCCCUCCACACACUGUGAGGGGAAUGGGUGCCCACCUGCUCUUAUACAGGUAGAGGGGCUUCCAGUGUCACCUGAGAGGAGUGAGAAUAGGAAGCGUUUACUGAAGAAAUCAAAAGCCACGGAGAUUGAGGAGGAUGUUGAAUGUUUGGAAGGCAAAAGCCCCAUUCCAACCGCCCAGUGCUCAGAUGUGACAGCACCAUCAGCUCCAAAACACGACAGCACAGAGGGUAAAUCUGCCUCUGCCUCUGGUUUUCAGGAGGGCAAAGACUCCAUUUCAACCCUCACACAGUCAGAGCCCACCCCAAAGUCAUCUCCGAGUAAGGGAGGAGUUGCUCCAGCUUCAGCCUAUGAACUGAAAUAUGAGGAAUAUGCAGAGGAUUAUGGUGAGGGUGGAGGCAUUGCCUUAGAAAGUGGCAGAUGUGAUGCUGGAACAGCUGCCCCACCAGUGCUGCACAGGGAUCACGGUCAGGAGCUGCCACACCACAGAUCCUCAUUCUACAGUGAUGAGGAGUCUGCUGUGCUGGAGGGCUUGGUGGACGAGAUGGUUUCCCUCUCUGAAGAGAUGAAUGUCUGGGCAGAGUCAGUUUCUGGAGAGAAGGGGAGCAGGAAGCACAUUUCUCCUCAGAGAGAGAUGCUCUACAAAGGCAGCCAGGCACACACGGACACCUCCUUCUCCUCUGUCCAGCAGGAUGGAGGAGGAGAAAUCGCUGUGCAGGAUGACUUUGCAGAACCCUACCUGUCUGUGAGUGAGGAGCCAGGAGUCCUGGAAGAGCAAGAAGCACAGACAGUCCCUCAUGAAUGUGAGCACCUGGAGGAUUUGGCAUUUGAGAUGUCCCCUUCCAGCCGGGAGAGCGUUUCCUCCACGGAGAGCCUGGACACUGCAAACAGACCCAUCCACGUGCCACUGACCAAGGACACUGAGAAACACCCGGAAGUUUCCUUGGUGAAAAUCAAAGACCUGUCAGAUGAAGCACCCAGUCCUGGCAGUGGCCCCCAAAAAUUUGACAUCUCAGAAGUGGAGCCUGCCUAUUUGAAUUUCUCGGAUUUGUACGACAUUGUCUACUUCCCAUUUGAGUUUCUGAGCUAUAAGAAGCCAUCACCCAAACCAGUUCCUAGACGGUUUAUGCUUCUUGGUGAAAGGGCAAGGUCCCCUCCUGCAGGACAUCUCCAUAAGGAUAAAAGACUGUGCAUCAGGGAACAGGAGGACAAGAACAGGAAGAACCGUUUGGAAAUAUCCGAGGGUUCAAAGGCAGAUAACUUAUUAGCCAUGGGGAAAGGGGCAGAGAGCCAUAAGGAAAUGUAUAGUUCCCAAAAGGACUCCAGUGGGAAACAGAAAAGUUCCUUCCACACCAAGCCUGGACUCUUUAAGCCAUAUGCAAGGUCUCAUUCUGUGGAGCAGUCGGUGGAGCAGAGUCUGAAGAAGAAAGUAAAAGCUUCUGUUGCCCAUAUUUCAAGAAUCCUAAAAGGAAAGACAUCUCCUGAGCCAGAGGAAGCAGAGUUUGGUGAGCUGGGAAGUGAGGCAGCAGAAAAGGAGCUGUUAAUAGGGGCUGAAGGAUCCCUGAAGAGGAAAUCAGCGCUGCCUUCAUUCAAGCUACCAAGCCUCACCCCAAAGGAGAAAGGUAUUGCUCUGGCAGGAGCCAUUGCCCCGUCGUUCGUGGAGGAGCUGAUGGACCAGGCUGCGGCCGCCGGGCAGUGCGUGACGCUCUCGUGCCGGACAGCAGCUCUGUCCUCCCUGCACAUCGCCUGGUUCAGAGAUGGAAUCCCUGUCCAGAGCAGCAGCCGGAUCCUCAUCUCAUCCACGCUCAAACACUUCCAGCUGUUAACAAUCCUCUCUGUUAAUGCUGAGGAUUUUGGUAUUUACACCUGCGUGGCCACAAAUUCUCUGGGCUCAGCAUCCACCUCUUGUGUCAUGAGAAAAGCAGAGGUUCCCCCCAGCCCUCCACCCCCUGAUGUCGUGGAGGUCUACAAGGAUGGAGUGCAGCUGGUUUGGAAACCUGUGGAAACCAACACCCCUGUCCACUACACUGUCCAGUGCAAGACUGAAGAUGGGGAGUGGACAACUCUGGCCUCUGACAUCACUGACUGCUGCUACUAUGCCAGAAAUCUGCCCCAGGGGUUCCUCUACCACUUCAGGACAGCCUGCAGCAGCAAGGCAGGGACAGGACCCUACAGCCAGCCCUCUGCCAAAGUGAAAAUCACUGGGAAGGAUCACAUGGCUGCCCCUGAAGAAGAGAGUGAAAUGAUCACACCUCCUGAGCCCUUCCCCACCUACCAGACCUACGCCUUCCACACUGAGAUCAAAAGGGGCCGGUUCAGCAUCGUCCGGCAGUGCCGGGAGAAGGUGAGCGGCAAGACCCUGGCUGCUAAAAUCAUCCCUUACUGGCAAGAGGACAAGCAGGCCGUGCUGCUGGAGUACCAGGUGCUCAGGAAGCUCCACCACACCAACAUAGCCCAGCUGAAGGGUGCCUAUGUCAGCCCCCGGCACGUGGUGCUGAUCCAGGAGAUGUGUGUGGGGCCAGAGCUGCUCCAUUCCCUGGCACUCCGGACAUCGUACUCAGAGGUGGAGGUGCGAGAUUACCUGUGGCAGAUCCUCAGUGCCACCGAGUACCUCCAUGCACACAACAUCCUGCACCUGGACCUCAGGUCUGAGAACAUGAUCAUCACUGAGCCCAACCUGCUGAAACUCCUGGAUUUUGGGAAUGCACAGUUCUACACACCAGACAAAUUUAUUUCCAUGGACAAGUGCUCGGACUAUGUGGAAACCAUGGCUCCAGAACUGCUGACAGAGCAAGGAGCCCUUCCCCAGACUGAUAUUUGGUCCAUUGGAAUCACAGCCUUCAUCAUGUUGAGUGCCAACUACCCCGUCAGCUCGGAGGCACCCUGUGAAUUCCUGAGAACAGCCAGGAAGGGGAGGCUGAAGCUCACACGGUGCUAUGCGGGUCUGUCCGGGGGAGCCGUGUCCUUCCUGCAGAGCACUCUGUGUGCAAACCCUUGGGGAAGGCCGUCAGCCUCCGAGUGCCUUCAGAGCCCCUGGCUCCAGGAGACAGGUUUGGACAACAGGCAGCAGGCACUGGUCACCUUCCCCACCACCAAACUGAGGAAUUUCCUCAUGGAACGGGAAAAGAAGAGGGGCCUGCUGUGCUCCAAGUACGGCCUCAUGAUUGCCCAGUGACGUGGAU